AUGGGCCUCAUCUUCUACGGCCGUCGCUCCACCGUUUCGAUUCUGGAUUGUUAUCUAAAGCGCAAUUUGGCCAAGAACGGCGGCCUCCUCGACGGUGUCAUCUUCCUUCAGCGGACUAAGAAAGAGAAAGACAUCAAGUUCCUCGAAAAACUACUAGCGAGCGAGCCCGAUUACGAAAAAUGGGACAUUGACAUGAGCGAGGGCGGCUAUGCCUCCUCCUACGAUCUCAUCCAAGAUGACGUCUUGUAUGUCAAGAUGGACGACGAUAUAGUCUACAUCGAAGACUCCGUCAUCCCCUCCAUUGUCACCACCCGAGCUGAACACCCCGAAUACUACGUCGUUUCCGCCAAUGUCAUCAACCAACCGCUUAUUAGCUGGAUUCACUGGAACCUUGGCGCCAUUAAGCCCUACAUGCCCGAGAUUAACAAGGCCUACCCUGCGCCCAAGCCCGGCAGCAAGUUGGACUGGCGACCAUCUGCGUUGCCCUCCUGGGAUGGGCCCGACGAUUUCAAUGUCAUUGACUGGAAUCCUCCCGACCACCAGAAGCACCGAUGGCUACCCAUGAAGGGCCGCAACGACCACAUCCUUGACCGCACUCCCAUUGCCGAGACGGAAUACGACGCUUUUGGAAAGGGCUGGAAGAAGUGGCAGAUUGCCGCUCAAGAGCACUACAGCCUGUUUGACAAUAUCGAGAACGAUAGCCUGGACCAGUAUCGUUUCAAGACUUGGGAUUUCCAGCUGAGGCGCAUGGGAAUUCAGUUUACUGUCAUGAUGGGCAAGGAUAUCAAUCAGGCCAAGCCAAUUGACGCCGACGACGAGCAGCAUUUUGCCGUCACCAUGCCUGAGAGGACUGGAAGACACGCUGUUGCUGAUGGCGGUGGUGUCGUUGCCCACUUCAGCUUUGGUGCCCAAGCUGGCGAAGAACGAAUCGAACAGACAGACAUUCUCGAGCGCUACCGAGUCUACGCCGAAGACAUGAUUUGCAAAGACCCCAUGCUGUGGGACCCCAUCAUGAAUAAGCACUCAGAUUAA